CACAACAUAAUACUAGUAUCCGUCGUUCCGCCGUCUUUUGUAAUAAUAAAUAAGAACUGAAUCGAAUUAAAAUAAGUUAAAUUCGAAAAUGAAUUCAACAUUAAAUUAAAUUUAAUAUCUAAUUAAUAGCCGUGAUCCAUGUACAUUGAUUACUUUUGUGUGUUCUGGUAUUCACUAUAUUGAAUAAUCGAGUAGAAAAAAAUGUUCCCAACGAGCACUCAAAAAAAAAAUUGGAUAUUCAAAGACGAGUUGGAUUUGAAUGCAUUGCGAGAAGACGCCAAUAAGAAGUUUGUCACCAGAUUCGGAGCGCACAUGAGUCCUGAUGAACGGAACACAUUUUUUUUGGAUGCUAACGAAGAGCAUAUAAUUCAGAAAUGUCACGAAUACAUGUUAAGAGAUUUUUGUCACAAAUUUCAGCCAACCAUGCCAAAGUAUGUAUUUGCAACAGCUUUAAAUUAUUUGAAACGAUUUUAUCUAUACAACUCGGUCAUGGACUAUCAUCCCAAAGAAAUAAUGGUUACAUGUUUGUUUUUGGCGUGCAAAGUUGAUGAGUUUAAUGUAUCACUCGCACAGUUUGUUGCUAAUAUUAAAGGUAACCAAUCGAGAGCAACCACAGUGAUACUAAAUAACGAAUUGUUUCUUAUGGAACAAAUCAAGUACAAUCUUAAAGUGCAUCAUCCAUUCAAGGCGAUUGAAGGAUUCCUUCUAGACAUUAAGACAAGAACACGAAUGUCCGAUCCAGAUCGUAUGCGUACUCAUAUUGACAGUUUCAUUGACAAGUUACUGUUUACAGACGCGUGUUUAUUAUUUGCACCGUCUCAGCUGGCUCUAGCUGCUGUAUUACAUUCGGCAAGUCAAAUUAAAGAAAAUUUGGAUUCAUAUGUAACUGAUUUACUAUUAGGUGAAACAGGGUCUGAGCAUUUAAAAGAUUUGAUAGAAGUUGUACGGAGAAUAAGAAUAUUGCAUGUCAGAAUAGCAGAUGAUCACACAAAAGAAUUAUCACGUAUUAGCAAAAAAUUGGAUAAAUGUCGGAACCAAGAGAACAAUCCAUUUAGUGAAAAGUAUAAAGAUAGGAUACAAGAAGCAUUAAAUAAUUCUUUGUAAUUUUAAUUACACUAUCAUCUUUCUGGCAUUACUGUAAAAAUCAAAAAUAUGAUUUUGUAACACUUUAUAUAAUAGGUAUGUGAAAAUUCAUAAUUAAAUAUAAUAAAUAAUUUGUUUCUUUUCUA